GCACAGUGAUGUGGGGCAGCACCAUCGGGAGCUUUGCCUUUCAGACAUGGACACGGAGAGAGAGGCCCUGCUGGCCAACGCCUACCCCGAAGUACAAGCCUUCUGCCAGAAGCACGGCCUGAUGUUUGAGGUUGUUGAUCUGAGGUGGGGUAUUCAGGACACGGAGGCCCCGGACCACACGAUGACUGAACUCUGCCUGGAGGAACUCAGCCGGUGUCAGGAGACAUCCAUAGGGCCAACUUUCAUUGCCCUGCUGGGUGACCGCUAUGGCCCCUGUCCUGUCCCUGGGCUGAUCAAGGAGCAGGAGUGGGAGGCGCUGAGGGCCCCGCUGACUGCUAGGCCUCAAGACCUGGAGCUGGUGGCUCGGCGCUUCCAGAGGGAUGAGAAUGCUGUGCCCCCCACCUACGUGCUGCAGGAACCGGAUGUUGGGGAGGCCCAUGGGCCUGAGGAGGCCUCCCUGACCUCUGUCCUUCGUGGGGGUGCACAGGAGGCCUGGAGGCUGGGCCUCCUCAACCAGGAGCAGUGGCAUCGCUACCAUCGCUCAGUCCUCGAGUGGGAGCUGGACAGCGGGGUGCUGCGCCCUGGGGCGGCGCAGGGGGCCACCGUGUUCCUGCGUGAGAUCUCGGACCUCCACAAACACAUCCUGGACCACUGCGCGCUACAGGCGGUGGACCGCCUGCCCGACGGCUGCCUGGACACUGACGCCCAGAGCCUUCUCCACCGCCUCAAGGGGCGCCUGGCGGAGGCGCACCCCGAAGUCGUCAAGGCCCAUCCCGUGCCGUGGAGCCGGGACCUGCUGAACCCGAAGAACAAGGCGCACGCGCGCUACCUCCGGGAGCUCAGCGAGCAGUUCGUGGCCAGGGCCCAUCACCAGAUCCUGGAGGGGCUGCGGGAGCGGGACGCCGCCCCGCUCCCCCUGGCCUGGCUCUACCAGGAGCUGCACCACCACCUGCGCCAGGGCGCCGAGGCCGCCGCCACCUUCUGCGGCCGCCUGGACCUGCUAGCCCGGCUGGGGCGGCGGCUGCGGGCCGACGAUGGGCGGCCCCACGCGCCCCUUGUGCUGUUUGGGUCCCCGGGCGUGGGGAAGACCGCCCUGCUGUGCAAGCUGGCAGGGGACACGGCGGGGCUGUUGGGGCGCAGGACGGUCACCGCGCUGCGGGUGCUGGGGUCGUCCGGGAGGAGCAUGGACGCCUGCCAGCUCGUCCAGUCCCUGGCCUUCCAGGUGUGCCUGGCCUUCGGGCUGCCCCCGCCACCCGCCCAGGUCCUGGCCCGGCGCAGCUGCCUGGUGCAGUUUCUUCACGCACUGCUCCACACCGUGGCGCGGAGAAACUGCGAGUCCUUGGUGCUCAUCCUGGAUAACGUCGACGGCCUGGACACGAUCGGCCCUUCUGGGGGGCUCCCCUGGCUGCCCGCCCGCUGUCCCCCCAGAGUGCACCUCAUCCUGUCUGUCUGCUCGGGGCAGCACGGCGUUCUGGACACCCUGCGGCGGACGCUGCGAGACCCCGACGUCUUCUUCGAGGUGCCUCCGCUGACUGCCAGCCAGGGGCAGGACAUGGUGGGGCGGCUGCUGGCGGCCGCCGGGAGGACGCUGAGCCCCGUGCAGAGGGCCGCGCUCUGGGCCUGCCUCCCGGAGUGCGGCCACCCCUGGCGGCUGAGGCUGGCCUUCGAGGAGGCCCGCAGGUGGGCCUCCUUCACCGUGCCCGCUCCCCUGGCCGCCACCGCCCCCGAGGCCGCACACCAGCUCUGCCGCCGCCUGGAGGACACGCACGGCCAGCUCCUGGUGGCCCACGUCCUGGGCUACCUCGCUGCGUCCCGGUAUGGCCUCUCUGAAGCCGAGCUGAAGGAUGUGCUGUCCCUGGAUGAGGUUGUGCUGUGCCAUGUGUACCAGGCCUGGACGCCACCCAGCCGCCAGGUGCUGCGCUUCCCACCAUUGCUCUGGGUGCGGCUGCGGCGAGACCUGGGCCACUGCCUGGCCAGGCGGCCCACAGAUGGCUGCACCCUCCUCGCCAUUGCCCACAGGCAGCUGGCUGAGGUGGUGGCAGUGCGCUACUUGUCAGGACCUGAGAAAGCCAAGAGGCACAGUGUCCUGGCAGACUUCUUCUCGGGCGCCUGGAGCCAGGGCACCAAAAAGCUCAUCACCCUGCCGCUUGUGGGGAGGCCUCUGAAUCUGGACCGCAAGGUGGCUGCUCAGCCGCUGUGGUUCUCCGACUCCGUGGCCAACGUGCGGAGGCUGCAGGAGCUGCCCCGACACCUGCUGCUCUCGGGCCGCACGCAGGAGCUGAAGCAGGACGUGCUGGGGAACAUGAGCUGGCUGGUGUGCCGGGGGCUCUCAGCGGGCCUGGAGGCCCUGCUGGAUGACUUUGACCUCUGUACCCCACAUCUCCGCUGCCCCGAGGUUAGUCUGAUCCGAGAGGCCAUCCAGCUCUGCUGCCCAGCUGUGGAGCUCCGAGGCAUGGAGAAGAGCAUCCUGUACACAGAGCUCCUGGCCCGGCUCCAUUUCUUCUCCAAGUCCCACCCCAUGUUGGUGGGGCAGCUGUGCCAGCAGGCCCAGAGCUGGCUCCGUGCAUGCCCGCACCCUGUGCUGGUACCCCUGGCCGGGUUCCUGCAGCCCCCCGGAGUACCCCUGCGGGCCACCCUCACCGGCUGUCACAAGGGCAUCACCGCCAUGGCGUGGAGCCAGGAGGAGCAGCGGCUGGUGGUUGGCACGCACGAUGGUGUGGUGGCCGUGUGGGACGUGGAGCAGCAGCACCCGGUCCACUUCCUCCCCGGGCACACAGGUGAGGUGUGGUGCGUGCAGGUGUUCGCCCAAGGGACCCGCGCCAUCUCUGCCUCAAAGGACCGCACACUGUGCCUGUGGGACUUACUGUCGGGCCACCAGCAACUUACCAUUUGGGAUGGAGGCUCAGUCAACUCCCUGACUCCUCAGACCCGGAGCCUUCACGUAGACGAAGCAAAGCGAGUUGUGUACUUAACGUCAGGGUCAAAGAUCAGUGCGUGGGGCCUGGAGACGGCAGAGCUGCUGUUCAGAAUCCUGGGCGAGGCCUCGGACCCCUGGCUGUGUGCGUCCAUGCUGGCUGCCCCCACCCGCCUGCUGACUGUCUCCUGGGCCGGUGUGGUCAGCCUGUGGAACGCGGCCUCGGGCGAGCUCCAGGGCAAGCAGCGUCUGAGCAGUGUCCAAGGAGAGACCCCCUUGUGUGCAGCAGCCCUCCACAAGCAGGGCACCGUGGUCACUGGCUUUAGCAACGGCUCUGUCUCUCUGAUAUCCACAAAGGGAGACAGAUUGCUAGAGAAGCUUCCAGAAGCUGUGAGACUGGUGGAGGUGUCUGAAGAUGGAUCUCUCCUGGCGGCAGGUUUUGGAAAAUCUGUGCGGAUCUUUCUGGCGGACUCACAGGGUUUUCACCGAUUCAUGGCUACUGAUCUGGAACAUGAGGAUGUGGUAGAGACAGCUGUUUUUGGUCCUAAGAAUAACCUGAUUGUCACUGGGUCCCGGGAUGCACUCAUUCAGGUGUGGAGCCUGUCUGAGCAGGGCGUCCUGCUGGGCCUCCUAGACGGCCUGGGGGCCCCGCUCAGCAUGCUGAUCCGGGCUGGGGCCUUGGUGGUUGGGGCCUCACCCCAGUCUUCGACAUUCAGAGCCUGGGAUGUCACCCGCAUGCGGCAGCCCAGGGCCUGUGCCCCCUUCCUGGACCGCACAGGGAUAACAGCCUUGUCCCACAAUGGAAGCUAUGUUUACUUCCCCAGCAUCGGGGACAGAAACCAAGUCACCAUCUGGGACUUGGCGGAAGGUGAGCAGCGCGGUGCACUGGAUGCAUCCAGUGAAGUGCGGUGUCUGGAGGUAGCUGAGCAAAGCAAGCUCCUGUUCACCGGCCUGGCUUCGGGGACUGUGCUGGUGUUCCCCCUGAACUCCACACAGGACGUCUUGUGCAUCCCUCCCCCCGAGGCCCGGAAAGCCGUCCACUGCAUGGCUCUGAGCAAGAAGGAGGACCGGCUGGCUGUGGCCUAUGACCACAUCAUCCUCGUCCUGAAUGUUGGCCCUGGGGACCCCUGCCCUGUGGUCGACGGGCCCACAUUCACCUUCUACACCCAGCUCCCUGAGACCAUCACUGCUGUGGCUAUCCUGGGUGACUCCCGCGUGGCCUACGGCAUGACCAACGGUGACCUGUUUCUGUACGAGUGUGCCACUUCCAAAGUGUUCCCAUUGGAGGCCCACAGGAGCAGAGUCUCGAGUGUGGAGGUCAGCCACCGGGAGCAGCUGGCUGUCAGCAGCUCUGAGGAUGGCCUGCUGUGUCUGUGGGACUUGAGGACCUGCCAGUGGAAGCUCGAGAUGAGUUACACAAGCUCCUUCAGCAGGGGCGUCCAGUGCGUGUGCUUCUCCCAAGAUGACAAGUACCUGUUCUCGGCCUGGAAGGAUGGCUCAAUUGUUGUGUGGAGAGUAUUGGACGGCACUCUGCUGACUGUCCAGUUUGUCCACGCCAUGGUGAACAGGAUCAUCCCUACCUCCAAUGGCUUCAUGGCCCCCACCAGGCAGGGCCGGCUCAUCCGGGUGCGGUUCCAGUGCCUGGCUGCCAGGGCCUCACCGCAGGAUGCCCUGCAGAACUUCCAGAAGGCUGUGUGGAUGGUGAAGACCCGGAGGAGAGAAGAGCUGGCAGCUGAUGCAGGAGCACUCCAGGACCCCGGAUCCGAGGCAGCCCUGGAAACUGAGCCAAAGUCCAACAAGAACUCCCAAGUGUGCCUGCUGCUGUAGCCAACCCCAUCCACUCCGGCUUCCUGCUGGCUCCCUGAAGACCAGGCUCAUGGACUUUCCUACCAGGGCUGGCUUUGAACUGGGAUCCUCAGAUCUCAGCCCC